UAGCCAGGCUGCGCAAGCGCGGCGGAAGCAAAACUUCUGGAGGGCGGAAGUGACGCGCGAGGCCGCGGCUCGCUCGCUCGCUCCUCCCUCCCUGCCUGGCUCCUCCUCCGUCAGUCCGUCGGUCGGUUCCUCCGUCCGCCCCUCAAAGACGGGGCCGUUUAGUCGGUCUGUGGCGGAAGGCGGCGGACGGCCGAUGGCGGUUCUAUGUGGGAGCCCUUGCUGACGCUGUCCAGCCUUCUCCGGGGUCUCACUGGGCCCCGCUUCGGAUAAGACAAUGACAUCCUUUCAAGAAGUCCCAUUGUCCAGCACUCUUCAGACUUCCAACUUUGCACAUGUCAUCUUUCAAAAUGUGGCCAAGAGUUACCUUCCAAAUGCCCACCUGGAAUGUCAUUACACCUUAACCCAGUAUAUCCAUCCACACCCGAAAGAUUGGGUCGGCAUCUUUAAGGUUGGUUGGAGUACAGCUCGAGAUUAUUAUACAUUUUUAUGGUCUCCAAUGCCUGAACAUUAUGUGGAAGGAGCAACAGUCAAUUGUUUAUUGUCAUUUCAAGGGUAUUACCUUCCAAAUGAUGAUGGAGAAUUUUAUCAGUUCUGCUAUGUUACCCAUAAGGGUGAGAUUCGUGGAGCAAGUACCCCAUUCCAAUUUCGAGCAUCUUCUCCAGUUGAAGAACUACUGACUAUGGAAGAUGAAGGAAAUUCUGACAUGUUGGUGGUGACUACAAAAGCUGGCCUGCUUGAGUUCAAAAUUGAGAAAACAAUGAAAGAAAAAGAAGAGCUGUUAAAGGUAACUACUGUUUUGGAAAAGGAGACGGCUCAGCUUAGAGAACAGGUUGGAAGACUGGAAAAGGAACUUAACCAUGAAAAAGAGAGAUGUGACCAGCUACAGGCGGAGUGCAAGGGUCUUGUUGAAGCAUCACAAAAUCUACAAGUGGAAAGUGAGGAGCUUAAAAAGAAACACAGUGAAGCAACUUCAAAAGUUCUCCAGCUAGAGGAGGAUCUUAUGACUGUGACACAGAGAGCGAUCACAAAGGAGACAGAUUUAGACAAUUUGAAAGACAAACUCAAGAAGGUAACACUUGAAAAAGAGCAACUAGAAUGUCAGUUGAAGACUGAAAAGGAUGAGAAAGAACUUUAUAAGGUUCACCUGAAGAACACAGAAAUAGAGAAUACCAAGCUAGUCACAGAAGUCCAGACUUUAAAGAAUUUAGAUGGGAACAAAGAAACUAUGAUUGCCCAUUACAAAGAGGAGGUUGGUAGACUUCAGCUCUGUGUAGCAGAAAAGGAAAACCUUCAGAGAGCCUUCUUGCUUACAACCUCAAACAAGGAUGAUGCUGCGAAUUUAAAAGAACAGCUUCGCAAAGCAGAGGAACAGGUUCAGGCUACCCGGCAAGAAGUUGUGUUUCUGGCCAAAGAGCUGAGUGAUGCAGUCAAUGUGAGAGAUCAGACGAUGGCCGAUCUCCAUAGUGCCCGACUGGAAAAUGAGCAAGUCAAGAAACAGCUGGCAGAGACUGUGGCUGAACUGAGAGUGGCUGUUGUGAAAAAGCAACAGGAGAAAAUCGAUCCUGUUGAGCAGGACCUGCGCAGAGAGGUGGAGGAUCUGAAGCUUCGUCUGCAGAUGGCUGCAGACCAUUACAAAGAGAAAUUCAAGGAGUGCCAGAGGCUCCAGAAGCAAGUGACCCGGCUCUCUGACCAGGCCAAAACUGGAAACCAGCAGAAAGUGAUGGAUGCCUCAAGCAACACAGAGAUAGCUGACCCUCCCAUUACCAUUAAACUGUCAGCUGGUGCAGUUGGACCUGCCACGUCUGAGAUGGUUUCUGAGAUGGUAACAAAGGGCCAAGUAUGUGAAAUGACCAAAGAGAUUGCUGAGAAAACAGAAAAGUAUAAGAAAUGUAAACAACUACUCUUGGAUGAGAGGGCCAAAUGUAGCACCUAUGCUGACGAGUUGGCCAAAAUGGAGUUGAAAUGGAAGGAGCAGGUGAAAAUCAGUGAGGACCUGAAGCUGCACCUUGCGGAGGCGGAGGUCCAGUAUAAAGUUGAGCUGGUGCAGCGAGAUCAAGAAAUCCGUGAUAUGACCUUCCAGUUGGAAACUCUGACCAGAGAGAAGGAGGAUGAGGAGAAGGUACUUAAAAAGAGGCUUGAAAAUCCAGCAGAAAGGGUCAUGGAAGGUCAGAAUUCCUGGAAAUCCCCUGUGAGUAAUACCCUCAAAGAGCAGAAUGCACCUGUUCCUUCAGUGCCAAAUAGGAAGCCAGUCCUACAGUUUGGAAAUCCCUAUGCAACCCAGGACACAAGAGAUGGUGCUGAUGGUGCAUUUUACCCAGAUGAAAUCCAGAGGCCACCUGUAAGAACAUUCUUGUGGGAAUUGGAAGACAACGUAGUCUGUAGUCAGCCUGCCAGAAACCUUAGUCGGCCUGAUGGUUUAGAAGACCCUGAAGAUAGCAAUGUACAUGUCACUAAAGCCUGUGAACUGGUGUUUGUGCAGGACGACGAUGAGAACGUCCUCCCCGCUGCAGACCCUCCGAGCCAGCUUCUACACGCUCACCGGACAGGCUUUUGCUUCGAUUCCAGCUUCGACGUCCACAAGAAGUGCCCCCUGUGUGAGUUAAUGUUCCCUCCCAACUACGACCAGAGCAAGUUCGAGGAGCACGUGGAGAGUCACUGGAAGGUGUGCCCCAUGUGCAGCGAGCAGUUCCCUCCAGACUACGACCAGCAGGGCUUCGAGAGGCACGUGCAGACCCACUUCGAUCAGAACGUCCUGAAUUUCGACUAGAAGGCCGCUGGGCACGCCUUGUUGCCCCUCCCGCAGCCUUGCCGACGCCCCCUAUUCCCGCCACCUCCCCGCAGUAGAGUUAGCCUCAGGGUCGCUGUCGGCCCGCGCAGCAUAGUUACUCCCCACUGCGAACACGUAUCGGCGAGGGUUCUGGGAUGGCAGCGAUGUAGCGACGGACGAACACGUUUCUGUUGAGUAGGUGAUUGAGCAUGAUUAAAUAUUAUGGAAUAAAAGUAUUUCUGAUAGCAAUCUGUGCAGUCAUUCUUUGGGCCUCUUUCAGGAAGUGAUAGAAUUUAGCCGUGAGCGUAGUUUAGGCCUUGGGCAUAGGUGCACGUGCGGGGAGGUCGCGCGCUCGCAGCCGCAGAGCCUCUUACAUGGGACCUGCUGCUUAGGAAGGCACACUUUGCUUUAAUCCAGUCUUUUUAUGAAUACAGAGAAAUGAAUUAUUGUAAUUAGAUUUGUCGGAACGAUUAUUUUUAAAUCACCUCACAGUUGUAUUGAUAGCUCGAGGUCUUGGCAGGACCCCACGGUGUGCGCACAGCUUGCUCCAGGCUCUGGUGCUCUUGCCCUGCCCGGGGGGCUGCUGUGCUUGCCUGGUUGUCCCGUGGAGCAUGACUCGGCUCUGUAACCAAGCGAUGCAAAAUGUGACAGGCGCCCCAAUCAAGGUUGUUUGUCUGUAGUUGGAGUAGGUUUCUUCCUGGCUGUACAAGACUUACUGCAUUAAAGUUACCAGUACUGGA